AUGCUUAGACAGGAGGAACAGCUGGACAGGGAGAUGGGGUUCUGCCUUAAGCUACUUGAAGGCGAUGAUGCUAAUAUUGGAGAAACCAUAGCAGCUCCUGAGCUAGCAGCUUUAAGGAAACCGUUAUCGUCUUUCAAAGCAGAUGUUUAUGCCUUUGGUGUGAUACUUCUUGAGAUCUUAACGGGACGAUGCGCAGGAGAUGUGAUCACAGGUGAUCAAGAAGGAGUUGAUUUAACUGAUUGGGUAGAUUACGUGUUGCUUAAGGAAGGGGUGGGGAGUGCUUUGACUCGGUGUUGA